UAUGGUGCUUCCCAUACCGAAUAUUUUUUUUUUCAUAGAGGAGUUUCAAAUAGGUGAAAAAAACUACAUCUUCGAUACUCUACGUUCUUGAAGCUGUUAUCUAUUCCCUUGAUCAACAUCUUUACAAAAUGGCUCCAAAAGGUAAAAAAGUCGCUCCAGCCCCAUUAGCUGGUUCAAAAGUCACCAAAGCUAAAGGUUCAAAAAACCCAUUAGCUGAAUCAAAACCAAAGAAAUUUGGUAUUGGUCAAAACAUUCAACCAAAAAGAAACUUGUCAAGAUUCGUUAAAUGGCCAGAAUAUGUUAGAUUACAAAGACAAAGAAAAGUCUUGUCUAUGAGAUUAAAAGUUCCUCCAGCUAUUGCUCAAUUCCAACAUACUUUAGACAGAAACACUGCUGCUCAAGCUUUCAAAUUAUUCAACAAAUACAGACCAGAAACUGCUGCUCAAAAGAAAGAAAGAUUAACCAAAGAAGCUGCCGCCAUUGCAGAAGGUAAAUCUAAACAAGAUGCUUCUCCAAAACCAUUUGUUGUUAAAUACGGUUUAAACCAUGUUGUUUCUUUAAUUGAAAACAAAAAAGCUAAAUUAGUUUUAAUUGCCAACGAUGUUGACCCAAUUGAAUUAGUUAUCUUUUUACCAGCUUUAUGCAGAAAAUUAGGAGUUCCAUACGCUAUUGUCAAAGGUAAAGCUAGAUUAGGUACUUUAGUUCACUUAAAAACCGCUGCCGUUGCUGCUUUAACUGAAGUUAAACCAGAAGAUGAAGCUUCAUUAGCUACUUUAGUCUCAACUGUUACUGCUAACUUCAACGAUAAAUUUGAAGAAAACAGAAAACACUGGGGUGGUCACAUCUUAGGUGCUAAAUCUCAAGCUAAAGCUGCUAAAAGAGCUAGAGCUUCUGAAAAAGCUUAAGUUUGAUUAUUAAAACUGGUUGUAAUUAUAUUUAAAAAAAGUUUUUUAAUGGAAAGUUUAAGUUUUGAAAUACUGAUAUUGAUGAGUUGUAGAGUUUUUAUCAUUUUGAGAUACCAUAUAUCUGUUUAUGAUAGUUCAUCUUUAGUUC